AUGGAGUCUCAGUUCACGCAGAUCUGCGUACGUACGGACGGUGAAGCAGACGCACAUCCGCCUCAUCCCUUUUUCCUUUGCCUUUUUCCCUUUCCCAGCAUCCCCCUUUCCGCUUCCCCCAUCUCCCAUUCCCUUCCCCUCAUCCCCCUUUCCGCUUCCCCCAUCUCCCAUUCCGUUCCCCUCAUCCCCCUUUCCACUUCCCCCAUCUCCCAUUCCCUUCCCUUCAUCCCCCUUUCCGCUUCCUCCAUCUCCCAUUCCCUUCCCAGCAUCCCCCUUUCCCUUCCCAGCAUCCCCCUUCCCUUACUGCAUCCCCCUUUCCCUUCCCAGCAUUCCUUGCCCCCUUCCCCGCACCCCCCUUUCCCUUCCCCGCAUCCCCCUUUCCCUUCCCAGCAUCCCCCUUUCCCUUCCCAGCAUCCCCCUUCCCUUCCCCCAUCUCCCUUCCCACUCUGCUGUCACCUCUCAUCCCCAAUUAUUGAUUCCCUUCCUCCCUGCCUCUUUUCCUUCCCAUCACUCUCUCCCUUUCUCCCUCCCUUCCUCCCUUCCGCCCUCCCUCCCUGUCUCCUUCCCCCACCCUUCCCCGCUCUCUCUCCCUUGCCUCCCCUCAGUUUCCUCCCUUGCCUCUCCUCAGUUUCCUCCCUUGCCUCCCCUCAGUUUCCUCCCUUGCCUCCCCUCAGUUUCCUCCCUUGCCUCCCCUCAGCUUCCUCCCUUGCCUCCCCUCAGUUUCCUCCCUUGCCUCCCCUCAAUUUCCUCCCUUGCCUCCCCUCAGUUUCCUCCCUUGCCUCCCCUCAGUUUCCUCCCUUGCCUCUCCUCAGUUUCCUCCCUUGCCUCCCCUCAGUUUCCUCCCUUGCCUCCCCUCAGUUUCCUCCCUUGCCUCCCCUCAAUUUCCUCCCUUGCCUCACCUCAGUUUCCUCCCUUGCCUCCCCCCUAUUGCCCUGCUUCCAGCAUGGAGCAACAAAGAACCAGUCAACCCUACUUUUGUGA